CCACAACGCCAUCGACGCGACGCGCGAGAGCCAUCCGAGCGGGGCGCAUCCGUAAGGACAGGCAACGUGCGCAUAGCGGCAGCAGCCAGCAGCAGCACGCGGACACGAGAGGCAGCCCGCGCGGACUGGAGGGAGCAACAGCCGGGCAGCUCCACACCCUAGCAAGCAACCACUCACGGGCCGCAAGCGCCACCGCGAUAGACAAUGUACCACCCGGAGUGGGGCCAGAGCAAGUGGAGCGGGCAGCUUAGGAAGACGCACUGGCAGGGCCACCCCGACGAGUUCUGGACGAGCGGGCCGAGUGCGCAUGCCGCGACAUUUCGUCCUGGUAGUAGACAAUGUACGCCGCGCGAGGCCAUGUCUGCGUCGGAGCGAUUAUACAGAAACGAGAAACGCUACAGUCGUCGAUCCGGGAGGUACCGCUCCGCCACACCUGCGGGAUGCGAUCCGUACGCGAGACGAGCCGCCCAGAACGAUGGAAGAAGGAGAGGCGCCCAGUCAUCGACCGGUUUCAAAGCGCCGGAGUUCCGCAAUAGACCCAAAUCCGCCUCGGCGAUGCGGCGGACGAAGCGGGACCAGAUGAAGGAGGCCGUGAAUAUUACGAGACGGCCGGCGUCGGCUGGUUCGUCGCGACCCGUGACACCCGUCAUCGGCAAGCCUUUAUUAAAUGCGCAGAAGAUGCGGGAUUAUGGCUACGGCAUCCCGCGCUGGUCGCCGUACGCCCCUACUGGCUACAGGGUGUCGAAGGGGACCGGCAACCAGGACUACGGCGAGUACACGAAGCACGACUACCUCAAGCGUCUGAGUGACCUCCUGGCGGAGCACGGGCGCAAGUCCGGGGCGGACCUCAAAAUGUUGCCGACCCAAGCAUGAAAUCACUCAUGGAGCGCCGGAACAAGGAGGGCGUGUAGGGGGGGCGCGUAAGGAGUGCGUAUACA